AGACACAAUUACACUUCCGGUUUGCCUUAAAAUUUGGCGGUAAAGAUGGAGGCUACACAAACUGACAAAAUCUCCUCUGAAGAUCCAAAUACUGAAUACAGGGUUCAGGUGCAGUCCAAGAAACAGGUGCAAGAGCAGAUAGACCGGUACAAAGAACUUUUAAAAACAGUUUUAGACGGACAGACGGAGUUAGCAGCGGACACGAAGAGGGAACUUCUGGGAGAACUGCUGGCGAACUUUGAAGCAGGAGUUCAGGAGAAUGUUUUGGUGAAUGGUCAAACUUGGAAUGAUGCUCCUGAUGAUGAGGAGGAGGUUGACCUGGAGAGUCAGUUGGAUGAUAUGAUUGUAGAGACCAGUAGCAAACGCCGCACUUAUCCCAGAAAGAUCCUGCCCCACGUGGUUCAUGCUCUGAAGGCUGAACGCAAAAUAAUGUGUCUUUAUGAAAACACAAUCCAACCACAAGAUGUGUUUAAGGAUCCAGAACAAGAGAGUAUUAUGAACAUGCUGUCAGCAGAGGCUCCUGUACUGUCAAAACAAGCUAAUCAAGUCAUAAAGGCCAUCCAGACUCUACAUAAACAAGCUGAAGGUCUGUGUCAGAUCCUCAACUCAAAGCCAAGUGCAGCAUCUUUAGAAAUACACAGAGACAUUUUCGGCAACUGUGACGAAUCGGAUGCCUUGAGUUCGCCCUUUAGGCACCAGGAGCCAAUCAGGAGGCUCGCAGAGGAGACAUCUGCCGCAAACUGCUACAUAUCACUGGAUAAAAAAAAUACAGAUGCAGGGGAAUAAAAACAUAAAAACAUCUGCACAAAAUGGACAUUAAGAAAAGACUGAAUUAAUAUGGGCAACAGUAGUCUCUGUAAGAAGACAUUAACUUAGACUUAAAUGUUACUAUUAAAUGUCCUCAAAAGCAAGAACUUGUCUAGACUUGGCAUGUCUUUUUCUCAUUUACUAAAAGUGCAAUCUAUUAAGGUAUAUCUACAUGUUGUUUAUUGGCAU